AUGGCUCAAAACACAUGGACUGGGCGCCUACGCCCCUCCGAAAAAACGUCGUUCGACUCUUUGACGCCUGCUCCAGGGGCUCUCUGCUGUGUUGCCAACACAGACGCUCCUCAGGAGACCUUGGUGUACUUUGUGUAUCUCAACUCCGGUGCUGCCAACACUGUGUUCAGGAUUCAGCCGUGGUCACCCAAAUCCGGGUCUAAGGCCUUCGUUUUUGCUCGCAAUGAUCGUGGCGAUGCUAUCACAGCAGUUCAACGUGAUGGAAUUGUGAACCAAGUUCUCCGGAUCAGCAAAGGUGUCGACAAAUCUCUACCUUGCGAAGAUGUGGUAUAUGGGUUCGAGCACGAUGUUCGGCCUCUAUUUGCGCCGACAGGACCUCCAGGUAGCACUGUCGCUCGCCGGGUUGACGCUCAUCUCAUGGAUCAUCGGGGUGUACUGCUCUCUACCGACGUUCUAGAAGAACUGUUUGUCCAACUUAACACUGCGAAUAAGUCAGCCGUGCUUCCGACACCAACCGGCGCUCGGUGGGGUAUCCUUCUACCGGAUAUGUCGCCAGCUCCUGGAUCCAUGACCCUUGAGGUCAAACCAAAAUGGCUCCUGCAAUCGCCCGAUGCUCCUGCAGACGCAAUCCGUUGCCGCACGUGCGCGUUACAAGCUUCAAGACACCGAGAUGCAAAAGGCUAUAUAUGUCCGCUGCGCCUAGUAGGAAGAGAUCAGCGAGACAUCGUUCCAUGGGUUCGCGCAAGUAUCGUGGCUCACUACAAAGGGCCCCCAGAUGCCGUGGACGAAGUAGUCAGUCGCCUCCUCGAAUACAUAACUACCGGUGACGGGCAGUUCCUCUUGCAACACCUCAAGGUACUUCAAGCAACUCUCGACCCAGUGGGUGUUCUUUGCCGGGAUUCCGCCACCGACAAAAUCGCGUUCGACCGCAACUUACGGCUUGCAAUGACGUUACGAGACUGCUCAUGGUUCGUUAAUGUCCCGUAUGCUACAGGGUCCAAUAUUACAUCCAAACUCGCAGAUCUGGACUUCAAGUCGGCGGCCAAAUUACACGAUUGGGCACAAAAAGAAGAGGAACUUGUAAAAGGGAAUUGGUACACCAGGAAAGACGUGGCGGAUUACCGGUGCGGGCUUGCCCAAGAUUGA